UGGAACUUCACCAUAGGGGUUAUACUAUUCAUAGGAUUAUUCGUAUGAAUAAAUGGGGUCGGUCGGGAAUGGGUCGGAGAUGAUUGAACUUUGUGCACCGAUCAACCUUGCUUUCCAUCUCCAUUUUCAUUGUCCACUGUUGAGGAUAUUGAAGUUUCUGCACUGAUAAACAUUACCGGUGCAUCUUUUCUCAGAAUUCAACCCAAUAGCCAAUAAUGUCAGAGUUUACUUCCUCUUCCCCAAAUGGUAUAUUAAUGGAGGUAGGAAUAGUUCCAGACAACUGGGAACUUCAAUUGAAGAUUUCUCGCAAUUGCUUCAGCCUACAUACAAAGGAGCCUGAGAUCAUUGAAAACAUGCCGCACCUGACUCUGCUGUUUUCCCGAGGGCCCACAGCGGAAGUCCCAAAAUCAAACACUAUCUGUGCCCCCAGUCAAUGUUUAGUUGCGGCUUUUCCAUUAUAAUAACUAUUUUUGUUGGCUUAUUACGAGUUCGCAGCCUUGUUUGAAUUCUGCAGCAGCAACCCUGCAACCAUAAGAGUCCAGGAGUAGAAUUUGUGUAGAGAAGCUUAUGUGAAGUUGAACUUUUUGGCUUCAAGCAUGAUUUCUCCCUGGUCAUCAUCUUCACAAUUUCAUGUAGUAGCGGUUUCUCAAAUUCUGGCCUUUCUUUUCUUCUUCUUCUUUUCUAAUGGAGUUUCUGGGACUACUUUUACUUUUGUAAAUGACUGCGAUUUCACUAUUUGGCCUGGAGUCUCGGGGACACCUGAUUUCAAUAUCACCGGAUUUGAGCUAACAAAAGGUAGUUCACGCUCCAUUCAAUCUCCGGUUGGUUGGGUGGGUCGCUUCUGGGGUAGGACCGGCUGCAACUUCAAUAGAUCCGGUAACGUGUCGUGUGCCACAGGUGAUUGUGGCCCCGGUAAAGUAGAGUGUAACGGAACCUCAUACACACCACCCGUUACAAUUGCGGAAUUCAGUGUCAACCAAUUCCAAGGCCAAGAUUUUUAUGAUGUCAGCCUUGUUGAUGGCUUCAACCUCCCAAUACUUGUGGAGGCUACUGGUGGUUCUGGUUCUGGUUCUGGUUCUGGCUCUGGCUUUGGCUCUGGGUUACGUAGUUGUGCGAAGACAGGUUGUGUUGAUGACUUGAAUCAACGUUGUCCACCGGAGCUUACUUUGGGUAGUGCAGGUGCGUGUAGGAGUGCGUGCCAGGCGUUUGGCUCGCCGGAGUAUUGUUGUGUCAAUUCAUUUUCAACACGCUCGACGUGUAAGCCAACAGCAUAUGCUCAGUUGUUUAAAUCAGCGUGCCCAAGAUCCUAUAGCACUGUGUUCGAAGAUCAGACGAGUACGUUUACGUGUCGCGAUGCUGAUUACACUAUCAGAUUUUGUCCGGCUUCCGAUUCAUUUUCAACGAUCGAACUCGGCGGCCAACUUAACUCUACUGACCAGCUUGUUUCCAUCCGUGGAAAUUUCACGUUAGGGUUUUUCGGUGAAGGGUAUAGGUACUUGGGGAUUUGGUAUACUGACGAUGUUGAAUUAAAGAAAGUAUGGGUAGCGAAUCGAAACACGCCAAUUGUAUCUACCUCAGGCGCCCAUGCCCUCUCCAUUGAUGCCAACACUGGAGACUUGAUCAUCAUUGCAGGAGGGAGAACUCUAAUGAGUAUUACGAAUAUUGAAACUGGUCCAAACCCAAAUGUGACUGCAACUCUCGAAGAGAAUGGUAAUUUUAGGUUGAUUGAUGAAACUGACAAAAGGGUUUUAUGGCAGAGUUUUGAUCAUCCAACGAAUGUACUUUUACCUGGUAUGAAACUUGGGUAUGACAGGACCACAGGAAAGAACUGGACCUUGACUUCUUGGGUGAGCAAUGAUAUACCUUCUUCAGGAGCUUUUACUAUGAGCUGGGAGCCCAUUGAAGAAACAUCUCAAAGAUUGAUGAUUCGAAGACGAGGACAACCCUACUGGAGUAGUGGGAAUCUAAACAAUCAAGUAUUUCAAUAUAUGUUUGCAUUGAAUAGUCCAAGUAGCCAAUCUAGAUAUAAUCUCUCUUCUGUAUACACCAACGAAGCACGAUACUUUAGCUAUGAGGCCGAUAAUAUUGCUGCUUUACCCAUGUGGAUUUUAACGGCAAAAGGACAAAUUACAGAUAUUGAUAAUUCUACUGUUUGGACUCCUGAGUUCUGUUAUGGGUAUGAUUCUGGUAAUGGUUGUGUGGGGUCGAGUUUGCCUCAGUGUAGGAGAGAGAGUGAUAAUUUUAGUGAAAAGAAUGGAGAUUUUGCUCAGGAUACGACAAGAACUGAUAUUGAUGAUAAUUCGAGCUUAAGUAUUAGUGAUUGUUUUGUUAAGUGUUGGAAUGAUUGCACUUGUGUAGGGUUUAAUAGUAGUAACAUUAAUGGAACUGGCUGUGUUAUUUGGACUGGAAGCAAUAACUUUUUGGUUAAUCCUCGUGAUAAUUCUACUUUAAAAUAUGUGAUCAACCAAAAUCCAAUCACUCCAAAUACAGGUAACAAAACAGAAAACAACAAGAAUUGGGAACGGAUACUCAUUGGCGUUGUCAUUCCUCUUUUUUUCCUAUGUUUUGGCAUUUUAUGGUAUAUAAAGAAGAGAAAGCAUAAACGGAAAGAAUAUGAGAGACAAAAGAGAGAUGAGUAUUUCCUGGAGUUGACAGCUUCUGAAAGCUUCAAGGAUAUACAUCAGCUUGAAAACAAUGGUGGGAAAGGAAAUGACUUGUUUUUAUUUAGCAUUGCCUCUAUCAUGGCUGCCACUGAUGAUUUCUCAGUUGAGAAUAAGCUCGGACAAGGUGGUUUUGGACCUGUUUACAAGGGAAGACUAAGUGAUGGGAGAGAAAUUGCAAUCAAAAGGCUUUCAAGAACAUCAGGGCAAGGGCUUGUGGAAUUCAAGAAUGAACUAGUACUCAUUGCUAAACUCCAGCAUACAAAUCUUGUUCGGGUUCUUGGUUGUUGCAUUCAUGGUGAAGAAAAGAUGUUAAUAUACGAAUAUAUGCCUAACAAAAGCUUAGAUUUCUUUCUCUUUGAUGAAAACAGAAAGGCAGAGUUGGAUUGGUGUAGAAGAUUCAACAUAAUUGAAGGAAUUGCUCAAGGGUUGUUAUACCUGCAUAAGUACUCACGAAUGAGAGUUAUUCAUAGAGAUCUAAAAGCUAGUAAUAUUCUUUUAGAUGAAAGUAUGAACCCCAAGAUUUCUGAUUUUGGUAUGGCUAGAAUAUUCAAUCAGAAUGAGACUGAGGCAAUCACUAAUAGGGUCGUUGGAACAUAUGGCUAUAUGUCUCCUGAGUAUGCAAUGGAAGGGACUUUCUCUAUCAAGUCUGAUAUCUUCAGCUUUGGAGUCUUGAUCUUGGAAAUCGUGAGUGGAAGAAGAAAUAGCAGCUUUGUUCAUCUUGACCGAACUUUCAAUCUUAUUGGAUAUGCAUGGGAGUUAUGGCAACAAGGGGAUACAUUGGAAUUGAAGGAUCCUACAUUGGGAAAUAAUUUUGUUGUACAACAAUUCUUGAGGGCUGUUCAUGUUGCCCUUCUAUGUGUACAAGAAAGUGCAGUCGAUAGGCCAACAACAUCCGAUAUGAUCUCCAUGCUUCUUAAUGAUGCCAUACUGUUACCCACUCCAAAUAGGCCAGCAUUCAUCAUCACUACCAGAAUGGAAUCAGAGUCGAAGUCAACUUCGGAUGAAAAUAAAGCAAAAGAUUGCUCUGUAAACAAUAUGACAAUCACUGUUGUAGAGGGUCGAUAGUUUAUGAGUGUAGCUACUCUUGUACUAUCAUUCUUUGUAAAAUACUGAUUGUAUUGUAAUUUGUAUAUGAAAUUUUAAUUUUGUAGGA